AUGGCGGCCUCCCCCACUUCCUCCCUCGCCCCGCCGGUGGUGCCUAUGGAGCUCCACGCCGGCAACCGCGACCGCCUCGUCGCCGCGCUCCGCGGCCACCUCUCCGCCUCCGCCCGCCCGCUCCACGGCCUCCUCCUCCUCCAGGGCGGGGAGGAGAAGACGCGGUACUGCACCGAUCACCUCGAGCUCUUCAGGCAGGAGAGCUACUUCGCCUAUCUCUUUGGAGUGCGGGAACCAGGGUUCUACGGCGCAAUUGACAUCGCCUCUGGACAGUCAAUUUUGUUCGCUCCAAGAUUGCCAGCUGACUAUGCUGUUUGGAUGGGUGAAAUAAAACCUUUGUCAUACUUCAGGGAUACAUACAAGGUCGAUAUGGUCUUCUAUGUUGAUGAGAUUGCACAGGUUGUGCAAGAUCGUUUCGGGGACCAUGGAAAGCCUCUUCUGUUUCUGCUACAUGGAAAGAAUACUGACUCUGGAAAUUUCUCAAAGCCUGCUAGUUUUGAGGGGAUGGAGAAGUUUGAUACUGAUUUAAGUACACUUCAUCUAAUUUUAACCGAAUGCCGUGUGAUUAAAUCUGAUCUGGAGCUUGCUCUCAUCCAGUAUGCUAAUGAUGUCAGUUCUGAAGCUCACAUUGAGGUUAUGAGACGAGCAAGGCCAGGCAUGAAGGAAUAUCAGUUAGAAAGUAUCUUCCUUCACCAUGUUUAUAUGUAUGGAGGUUGCCGACAUUGCUCUUAUACAUGUAUAUGUGCUACUGGAGAUAAUAGUGCUGUUCUACAUUAUGGACAUGCGGCAGCUCCAAAUGACCGGAUUUUGAAUGAUGGAGACAUGGCAUUAAUGGAUAUGGGAGCUGAAUACCAUUUCUAUGGAUCUGAUAUCACAUGCUCAUACCCUAUAAAUGGGAAAUUCAACAGCAGUCAGAUAAUAAUAUACAAUGCUGUGCUUAAGGCUCAUAAUGCUGUUAUAUCACACAUGCGUCCUGGAGUUAAUUGGAUGGAUAUGCACAAAUUAGCAGAACGGGCAAUACUUGAAUCUCUCAGGAAGGAACAAAUUGUCCAAGGGGAUGUUGAUGAUAUGAUGGCACAAAGGUUAGGAGCUGUUUUCAUGCCUCAUGGUCUUGGCCACUUACUUGGGAUCGACACCCAUGAUCCAGGAGGCUACCCUGAGGGAUUGGAGAGGCCCAAUGAUCCAGGACUGAGCUCCUUGCGAACCACACGAGAACUGAAAGAAGGAAUGGUUAUCACAGUGGAGCCAGGCUGCUAUUUCAUUGAUGCUUUGCUGACUAAAACAAGGGAUGAUCCAAUUUCCUCAAAGUUCUUCAACUGGCAAGAGGUUGAAAAGUAUAAAAGCUUUGGUGGCGUUCGCAUUGAAAGCGAUGUGUAUGUGACGGCUCAAGGUUGCCGGAACCUCACAAACUGCCCUCGAGAGACCUGGGAGAUCGAGGCUGUAAUGGCUGGCGCACCAUGGCCUCUGCCAGCUUCAAGUUCCAUGGCGGCAGCAGCAGAGAGUAGAAAUGGCAUAUCCAAAGCAUUGUAA